AAAACCCGGAGAAGAAGCAGCUCUCGGUUGGAUACUCUCUAUUCUCGCGUAAGAGGAUUCAGCCAAUAAGAAUGUAAAUACCCUCCAAGAUACCCCGCCCCUUCCUUGAGGUUACUUUUGUUGGCGGGAAAAGUUGGGAAGUUUUCGUGCCGGGGAAGAGUAGGCCGAGGGCCCUCCACACGGCUCCGGUGGCAGAAGUUUCCAUUCGGCGAGCAUGGCGGGGACCGUGGUGCUGGACGAUGUGGAGCUGAGAGAGGCGCAGAGAGACUACCUGGACUUCCUGGACGACGAGGAAGACCAGGGAAUUUAUCAAAGCAAAGUUCGGGAGCUGAUCAGUGACAACCAGUACCGGUUGAUUGUCAACGUGAAUGACCUGCGUAGGAAAAACGAGAAAAGGGCUAACCGCCUCCUGAGCAAUGCCUUUGAGGAGCUGGUUGCCUUCCAGCGGGCAUUGAAGGAUUUUGUGGCCUCCAUUGAUGCUACAUAUGCCAAGCAGUAUGAGGAGUUCUAUAUAGGCUUGGAGGGCAGCUUUGGCUCCAAGCAUGUCUCUCCCCGGACUCUUACCUCCUGCUUCCUUAGCUGUGUCGUCUGUGUGGAGGGCAUUGUCACUAAAUGCUCUCUAGUUCGUCCCAAAGUCGUCCGCAGUGUUCACUACUGUCCUGCUACCAAGAAGACCAUAGAGCGACGUUAUUCUGAUCUCACCACCCUGGUGGCCUUUCCGUCCAGCUCUGUCUAUCCUACCAAGGAUGAGGAAAACAAUCCCCUUGAGACAGAAUACGGCCUUUCUGUCUACAAAGACCACCAGAUCAUCACCAUCCAGGAGAUGCCGGAGAAGGCCCCCGCUGGCCAGCUUCCCCGCUCCGUGGACGUCAUACUGGAUGAUGACUUGGUGGACAGAGUGAAGCCCGGUGACCGGGUUCAGGUGGUGGGGACCUACCGCUGCCUUCCUGGAAAGAAGGGAGGCUACACCUCAGGGACCUUCAGGACUGUCCUGAUUGCCUGUAACGUGAAGCAGAUGAGCAAGGACGUUCAGCCUUCCUUCUCUGCUGAGGACAUAGCCAAGAUCAAGAAGUUCAGUAAAACCCGUUCCAAGGAUAUCUUUGACCAGCUGGCCAGGUCGCUGGCCCCCAGCAUCCAUGGGCAUGACUAUGUCAAAAAGGCAAUCCUCUGCUUGCUCUUGGGGGGAGUGGAACGAGACCUAGAGAAUGGCAGCCACAUCCGUGGGGACAUCAAUAUCCUUCUAAUAGGAGACCCAUCGGUCGCCAAGUCCCAGCUUCUGCGGUACGUACUGUGUACCGCACCUCGGGCCAUCCCCACCACCGGCCGGGGCUCGUCUGGAGUGGGUCUCACGGCCGCUGUCACCACAGACCAGGAAACAGGGGAGCGGCGUCUGGAGGCGGGGGCCAUGGUCCUGGCUGACCGAGGCGUGGUUUGCAUCGAUGAGUUUGACAAGAUGUCUGACAUGGACCGCACGGCCAUCCACGAGGUGAUGGAGCAGGGCCGAGUCACCAUCGCCAAGGCCGGCAUCCACGCUCGGCUCAAUGCCCGCUGCAGUGUUUUGGCAGCCGCCAACCCCGUCUACGGCAGGUAUGAUCAGUACAAGACCCCCAUGGAGAACAUCGGGCUGCAGGACUCCCUGCUGUCCCGAUUCGACCUCCUCUUCAUCAUGCUGGAUCAGAUGGAUCCCGAGCAGGAUCGGGAGAUCUCAGACCACGUCCUCAGAAUGCACCGCUACCGGGCACCCGGCGAGCAGGAUGGUGACGCUAUGCCUCUAGGGAGUGCCGUGGAUAUCCUGGCCACGGAAGAUCCCAACUUUAGCCAGGAAGACCAGCGGGACACCCAGAUCUACGAGAAGCAUGAUAGCCUUCUGCAUGGGGCCAAGAAAAAGAAGGAGAAGAUGGUGAGUGCGGCUUUCAUGAGGAAGUACAUCCACGUGGCCAAAAUCAUCAAGCCCGUCCUGACGCAGGAGUCGGCUGCCUACAUUGCAGAGGAGUACUCAUGCCUGCGCAGCCAGGACAGCAUGGGCUCGGACACCGCCAGGACGUCUCCAGUGACAGCCCGGACACUGGAAACUCUGAUUCGAUUGGCCACGGCCCACGCCAAGGCCCGCAUGAGCAAGACUGUGGACCUGCAGGAUGCAGAGGAGGCUGUGGAGCUGGUCCAGUACGCUUACUUCAAGAAGGUUCUCGAGAAGGAGAAGAAACGUAAGAAGCAAAGUGAGGAUGAAUCGGAGACAGAAGAUGAAGCGGAGAAAAGCCAGGAGGACCAAGGGCAGAAGAGGAAGAGGAGGAAGACCCGUCACUCGGAUGCCAAGGAUGGGGACUCCUAUGACCCCUACGACUUCAGUGACACGGAGGAGGAGAUGCCUCAGGUGCACACUCCAAAGGCGACAGACUCACAGGAGACCAAGGAGUCCCAGAAGGUGGAGUUGAGUGAAUCCAGGUUGAAGAUCUUCAAGGUGGCCCUCCUGGAGGUGUUCCAGGAAGCUCACGCACAGUCAGUGGGCAUGAAUCGCCUCACAGAAUCCAUCAAUCGGGACAACGAAGAGCCCUUCUCCUCUGCGGAGAUCCAGGCUGCGCUGAGCAGGAUGCAGGAUGACAACCAGGUCAUGGUCUCCGAGGGCAUCGUCUUCCUCAUCUGAGGGCCCUCGUCUGUGGACUGUGCGGUUCAGCCAAGAAAGUUUCUUCCUGUUUCCUCCUCCCCCUCCCCCCAGCCUAUGCGUUCAUUCCCUGAAUGUCAGUGUUGAAUUGAGCUGAAGUGGAGGACCGGUGACCAAGCGGAGUCAGGACUUGGUGGAAGCCUGGGGAUGGGUCAUGAAAGCCGCUUCGGGGUAAAGAGAAGGUGGGCAGGAUGAAGACGAUGCAUCUUCACUGCAAAGACUGGGCCACACUCCUCACGGCCCCGCCCCAAACAAGCCACGCCAUUGUUUGCUGUAGGUAACAUGACUUCUGAGUAUUUUGGGGGGCACAGCUGGUUUCUGUUCAUCCUUUCCGUGUUGGCUUUUUAUCCCCCCACCCCCAAGCACUUUGGUCUAGAGCAGACUUUGGGUGGUUCUGUGCUGAUGGAGAGAAGCUCUGAGGCAGGUCUUAAGGCCAAGAAAGCUUGCUUUGCAGUAGCACUAGUUAAGACUUAUACAUACUUUUGACUCAAAUAUCCAAGACAUUGAAUAAACUUACCCAU